AUGCCUCUAGUAACCCAUUCUAUUUCAUUCUCGAUUUUGAUACAGUUAUACACUUCUUCUUCUUUGUUUUACCUCUGAGGAUUUCUUAUCACUUCAGAAAUGGCAGCAAACUCAAAUGAAACAGAGCUCUCAGUGAAGGCCUUUGGAUGGGCAGCGAGGGAUACCUCCGGUCAUCUUUCUCCUUUCAACUUUUCCAGAAGGGAAACAGGGGAGAAGGAUGUGCAAUUUAAGGUGACAUAUUGUGGAAUUUGCCAUUCAGAUCUUCACCAGCUCAAAAAUGAAUGGGGUUCCAGUUCUUAUCCUCUUGUUCCUGGGCAUGAGAUCGUUGGGGUGGUGACACAGGUAGGGAGCAAAGUCCAUAAUUUUAAGGUCGGCGACAAAGUGGGUGUGGGAUGUUUUGUCGAUUCCUGUCGCAAGUGCGAACUCUGUGAAAGUGGCUUAGAAAAUUACUGCCCUGGAGGCGUCCUAACCUACAAUGCUGCCGGGAUCACCACAUACGGUGGUUACUCGGACAUCAUGGUUGCCGACGAGCACUUUGUUCUCCGGUGGCCGGAAAAUUUGCCAAUGGAGGCGGCUCCUCUGCUCUGCGCCGGGAUCACAACGUAUAGCCCUUUGAGAUACUUCGGACUCGACAAGCCGGGAAUGCACAUUGGGGUUGUCGGCCUAGGCGGUCUCGGCCAUAUGGCUGUGAAGUAUGCUAAGGCUUUUGGAUGCAAGGUGACAGUGAUCAGCACAUCUGCUAGCAAAAAGCAGGAGGCCAUUGAUCGUUUUCGCGCCGACUCCUUCUUGAUCAGCAGCAACCCAGAAGAAAUGCAGGCUGCGGCAAACACAUUAGAUGGCAUUAUAGACACGGUUUCUGCAGUUCACCCUCUUGUGCCACUACUCUCUUUAUUGAAAGUAAAUGGAAAGCUUGUCUUGGUUGGAGCUCCGGAAAAACCACUUGAAUUGCCUGCCUUUUCUUUGAUCCCGGGUAGGAAACUGGUUGCCGGAAGUGGUGUUGGUGGAAUGAAAGAGACCCAAGAGAUGCUGGACUUUUCUGCCGAGAAUAACAUAACACCAGAUGUGGAGAUUAUUUCCAUGGAUUAUGUGAACACUGCAAUCGAACGCCUCUCCAAUAAUCAAGUGAAAUAUAGAUUUGUACUAGACGUUGCCAACACAAUCAAAUCUGCUUGAGUAUCUUCGUAUUAAGCGGCAUGUCUUGGCCUGGAUGAUCUAUUUGCUUUGUAUUUUUCUUAAGUUCAAUGCUUUUAUGAGACAGUGUUAUGUUUGUUUGUCUUAAUAUUCAGAUUACUAGAUAUAAUUUGAGCUAUGUUGCUUCUCCUCCUAUUUAUUUUUGGCAUUUAAUAAUUGUUAUGACACACCGGAUGGAAUCGGUAUAAAUAUAACUCUUUUUCUUCUAAAAUGAACUUCAUUGUUUCUCAUUUUGU